AUGGCUGACCAAACCCCAAACCAAUCCACUUCACCUUCACCUUCCACCCCUGAUCAAGUAGCCAUGCGAGAGGUAGCAUUCCUAGCUGCCAGUCGCAGAGAGGAGGAAGCACCGAGACCAACACCUCCCGUCUCUACUGAAAUCAAAAGGAAGAGACGAGAUGAUACGGUGGUGUUUGGCAACAUCCUAAGUACCUUGGAGCAACGAGGUAGACUACCCGAGGCAGGGGUUGUAAACCAACCACUGCCUACGGAGGAGGAGGCGGUGGUAGUGGCGGAUGAACCAGUGAAGGAUAGAGUAGUGAUGGUGGAAGAAAUAGUGGUUGAAGAAGAAGAAAAGGAGAAUGAUGUUCUGGUCCCGGAGACUCAGGAGGCAACUGUCAUCGCAAAAAUUUAUAAUGAACCUUCAAGAAGAGAAGAAGAAGAGAUCGCAAUCGAGGAGGCCAAGGAAGCAGAGGUUGCAUUAGUGACCCCUGACAUUACAAUGGAAGAGGUUGCAGGGGAUGCGCGGCCAGAAGAUGCCGAGAAGGAAGAUAAGAAGAAGAAGAAGCAGCCAGAAGUGGCUGAAAAGAAAGAUAAGAAGAAAAAGAAAAAGGGAAAGAAGGCUGGAGAGGCGAAGAACACUUCAGCUGAGGGAGUAUUACGAGCUAAGCCAAAGCUUGUAAAUGUUUAUGAGCAGGAAGAGCACUCCUGA